CGCAGAGCGACCUAGAACACAUGAGAAAGGGAAUCAUUUCAUCAUCUUCCUGUCAAGCAACACAGCAUUAACCCAAAAUCGAUCAGACUAAAUAGAUUCACCUUUGCCAAGUUGCCUUAGACCCUUCUUGGCUCUGUCGCGACCUUCCUGAUCUUCCACGCUUUGUAACGUUACCUCAGGGUUUAUGUUCAAUUUAAGUCUCGAGCCAAAUCGCUGGAUCUUGUAUUACUGUCCAGUGUACAUCAAUACACUACUAUGUCACGGACAGCGUCGAGAGUCGUUUGCACUAUCCUUCAGGUCUUGGCUGUUCUGAUUACUAUCCUGCGGCUCGGAUACCGUAUGCGGACACAUAUGUUCUGGGUGGAGGACAUGUGGGCUGUCGCAGCGCUUGUAUGCGGGGUGUCCUCAUUAAUCGCUGGAUGGAAAUCCUUCUAUACUGAUGGCGGCCAGUCCGCAGUCAUAUGUUUCUGGGUGUACGGGUUCGCCUUUCCAUCAGCUAUCUGGGCCGUUCGACAAAGUAUUCUCUUUUCUGUAGCACGGAUUUUCUGGUCAGCGAGGUCCUUGCGUUUAACGGCCAUUGCCAUAGCCCUCGUGUUCCUGGUGUUGUAUUGCGCGUUAGUGGCACAGAAAGCUUGGCAAUAUGGCCGCGAUCUUGAUUGGUGCCAUCGCCCCGACAAGAAUGGGCAAGUACAUGCGUAUUUGAUCCAUCCUAUAGUUAUUUUUGAGUUGAUAAGUAAAACCCCCGAUCUGAACGACAUCCUGACCACUCACGAUGAUAUCAACAGCGGACCGCGUUUCUGAUACAGUCAUCGUAUUACCCGCCUUGUAUCUUUUGUGGGGCAUAAAGCUUCCAGCAAAGGAGCGCAUAAUGAUACUGGCAGCAUUGACAACCAGUAUCAUCGUGACGAUCGUCUCAGUUUUCCGAGAUGUCUGCCAACUCAUGCAUUUCAAGAGUAUCUUGAGGAUUGCAACUGAUUUUGAGCUCGCCGUUUCACUCGUUACAUGCAACCUUCUUGUGGCUGCAGUUUAUAUCUACAGGAUCGUGAUUCGUCGUAGACACAGC